AUGUUGCUACGCACAAGUUUGAAAGUGAAACGCAAGAGUUUCAUGUCUGUUGCUCGAAGUUUCGCUACUGUUUCCCCAGAAGCACUUCAUAUUGUCUCGGAGUGCAUCUCUAGAGGUGAUUAUACAACGGCGAAUAACCCGGAAGAGAAGGAGGUGUUGACAUUGAUGAAGGAAGUCAAGGCAGUAACUGCGACAGUUCCAGCUUCAGGUGCCUCUCAUACAGUCAUGAGGAAUGAGAUUCGUGGUCUGAUGAUAGACCAAGGCUCGCCAAGUUUCUACGUUACAAUCAAUCCCACUGACAUCUAUAAUCCGGUGGUC